AUGACGAAGCUCCGCAUCGAGGGCAACCCCAUCGAGGACAAGGGCGAGAGGGUCAUUUAUGAAGCCGUGCGUGACAAGGAGGACUUCUUGCUCGGCACCGACGGCAUGGGCGAACAAUUCGAAACUUCGAGCGAAACAAAGCGAAACAUGAAAAGGAUUGAAGGCCAAAAUAGCCUCAAACUUGUGUAG